GGAGCGGCCAAAGAGAAGUUGGCUUGGAGCGUCGGCAAGUGUCUGGAGGGAAGCGCCGGCUCGCAUCAGCUGCCCGGGGAGCCUCCGCGCCAGCGCCUUGUCCUGCUGCGGGGCUCCUGCAGAGGUGAAGUCCCAGUUGGUCCCUGGCCCGCGUUCCCUCUAAGCUGCCCGGCUUCGCCGAUCCUUUUGGGAAUAACCUUUCCUGCUUGCCUGAGCUUCGAGCUCUCCUGCAGAUCCCCCUUUGCUUCAGCUCCUGGCCCCAGCAUUUUCUUUCCAUCCUUGCUCAAGGCGGAAAUUAAAUGAUCUCACCCUGACUGUGGAAUGGAGACAGCUGGCACCCAGAAGAACCUGACGGCUUCUGGGGAAGGAAGGAAGCUAACAGGGCUGUAAGGACCGGGGGGAGGGGGGGUGUAGGUUUCGGGGAAAGCACCCCUUUUCACUCUGGCUUCUUUGGAGAGAGCCAGAUCGCCUUUGCGUCCUGCGCCUUUGCGGGGAGGGGGAUCCCCGUUCUUUCCUAUGGCUGGGAUACACAGCUCUACUCUGAAGACCCUGGAAGACUUAACCUUGGACUCCGGGUAUGGGGCAGGGGACUCCUGCCGGUCCCUUAGCCUCUCUUCGUGCAAGUCCAACUCCCAAGCCUUCACGUCCUCCCAGCAUAGAGGCAACUGGUGGUACUACUCGGGCUCCAUGAACAGUCGCAACAACAGCUGGGAUACGGUGAACACUGUCCUGCCGGAGGAUCCCGAAGUUGCGGACAUCUUUGCCAAAUGUGCGAAACUGCCGGAGCUGGAGGAAUUCCCUUGGACCGACGAAGACAUCGGGAAGAUCCUGAGGAAAGGGAAGGGCGGGAGCCAGAAAAACUUCACUCCGGACGCCUUGAGGAGGCUAUCUGUGCUGCUCCGGCGACCGCUGAUCCGGAUUUGCAGGGAGGCGCAACGCCUGAGCGUGAUGCACUCCAAAUGCACGCGCUUCGAGAUCCAAAGCGCCAUCAAGCUGAUCCAGAGCUGGGCGCUUUCGGAGAGCUGCGUCCUGGCCACCGUCAAGGCCCUCUCGCUGUACAGCAUGAGCGCCGGCCCCGGCCUGAGGAAAGGGAAGUCGGCCCGGUGUGGCCUCACCUUGUCCGUGGGCAGGUUUUUCAGGUGGAUGGUGGAUACCAGGAUCUCGGUGAGGAUCCACGAGUACGCGGCCAUCUCGCUUACGUCCUGCAUGGAAAACCUCGUGGAGGAGAUCAGGGCCCGGGUUGUGGCCAGUCAAAGCCCCGACGGUGGCGCUGGAGGGAUUGAGGUAUCCGCUGACGUCCUGGAGAUGGUCAUCAACAACGAUGCUGAACUUUGGGGAGUACUGCAGCCAUAUGAGCAUCUCAUCUGCGGGAAGAACGCUAAUGGUGUGCUUUCUCUGCCUGCAUACUUCAGUCCUUACAAUGAUGGAUCCAUGGUCAGCAAUGGACGGGCUGAUGCUUAUGCCCAACUAGAGCUUCGAACAUUAGAACAGUCUCUCCUGGCAACAUGUGUUGGAAGCAUUUCUGAACUGAGUGAUUUGGUGUCACGAGCAAUGCACCAUAUGCAGUGUUUGAAUACCCUCAGCCCGGGUAUGAGUCCAAUUCGACAAACCAGGCAGCAGCAGCAGCCCAUCAGCUGGUCUCCUGAUGCCCUUCAUACCCUUUAUUAUUUUUUACGCUGCCCUCAAAUGGAGUCCAUGGAAAACCCCAACUUGGAUCCACCGAGGAUGGCACUCAAUAAUGAGCGGCCAUUCAUGCUGCUGCCCCCGCUUAUGGAAUGGAUGCGUGUUGCUAUAACCUAUGCUGAGCACCGACGCAGUUUCACCGUGGACAGCGAUGACAUCCGGCAGACAGCCAGGCUGCUUUUACCAGGGCUGGACUGUGAACCCCGACAGCUCAAGCCUGAGUGCUGUUUCAGUUCCUUCCGGAGAAUGGAUGCUAAGGCAGCCACUGAAAAAUUCCAGCAAGACCUGGGGUUUCGAAUGUUGAACUGUGGAAGGACAGAUUUGAUCCAUCAGGCUAUAGAAGUGUUAGGUCCUGAAGGGGUUAACACAAUGGAUGAUCAGGGUAUGACUCCACUUAUGUAUGCCUGUGCUGCUGGAGAUGAAGCCAUGGUUCAGAUGCUAAUUGAUGCUGGAGCAAAUCUAGAUAUACCUGUUCCAGGUGGUUCUUCCCGAUACCCAUCAGUUUACCCUGACAGUCGGCACUGGACUGCUCUCACCUUUGCUGUGUUACAUGGACAUAUCUCUGUGGUUCAGUUGCUGCUGGAUGCAGGAGCCCACGUUGAGGGCUCUGCUGUGAACAAUGGAGAGGACAACUACACUGAGACCCCACUUCAACUGGCUUCGGCAGCAGGCAACUAUGAGCUGGUCAGCUUGUUAUUGGUCAGGGGAGCAGAUCCACUUCUAAGUAUGCUUGAAGCAAAUGGGAUAUCCUCAUCACUUCAUGAAGACAUGAAUUGCUUUAGCUAUGCUGCUGCACAUGGACAUAGAAAUGUUCUACGCAAGCUCCUGACUCAGCCGCAGCAGUCAAAGGGAGAUGUUCUCUCAUUGGAAGAGAUUUUAGCAGAGGGUGUGGAAAGUGAUACUUCAAGCCAGGGAAGCUCCAAUGAGGGCCAGGUUAAGCUGUGUAAAACCAGAAUGAAGGCUUUGCAAGAAGCUAUGUAUUAUAGCGCCGAACAUGGCUAUGUGGAUAUCACAAUGGAGCUCAGAGCACUGGGAAUCCCAUGGAAGCUCCAUGUGUGGAUUGAGUCACUGCGGACAACUUUUUAUCAGUCUCGUUACUCGGUGGUACAGAACCUCUUACGUGAAUUUGUCACCAUUAAGGAAGAAGACUACAAUGAGGAGCUGGCUAAUGAGGGACUGCAGCUCAUGUUUGAUAUCUUCAGAACCAGCAAAAAUGAGUCGGUCAACCUGCAGCUUGCAAGUGUUUUUGCUCACUGCUAUGGAAGCAGCCCCAUCCCCGGCCUUUCUGAAAUCAGAAAGACCCUACCAGCCCGGCUAGAUCCUCACUUUUUAAAUAACAAAGAUAUGUCCGAUGUUACUUUUCUAGUGGAAGGAAAACUGUUUUAUGCACACAAAGUUCUCUUGGUUACUGCUUCAAACAGAUUUAAGAAACUGAUGGCCAAUAAAACAGAACAAGACAGCCAAGGUAGUAAGACUGUGGAAAUCAGUGAUAUGAAAUACAGCAUCUUUAAGAUUCUGAUGCAGUAUUUAUAUUAUGGAGGAACAGAAUCUUUGGAAAUUCCUACCACUGAUAUCCUAGAGUUGUUAUCAGCUGCAAGUCUAUUCCAAUUGGAUGGCCUCCAGCGACACUGUGAAAUACUUUGUGCCCAGACCAUCAGCACAGAAAGUUGUAUCAGCAUCUAUAAAUAUGCCAAGAUUCACAAUGCACUUGAGCUGGCCUCCUUUUGCGAGGGCUUCUUCCUCAAGCACAUGGUCUCACUAUUGGAGCAGGAGCCUUUCAAACAUCUCAUCUAUGGCAGGAACAGUAAGGUUCAAGGUCUGGAUCCUCUGCAGGACUUGCAGUCCACUUUGGCCAGCAGACUUCAUUCAGUUUACAUCACUUCAAGGGUGUGACCAUCAGGUGAAAUGAUGGCUGAUGCACCAACUCAAACUGCACUAGGAUGGGACCUUGCCAGCUAUGGCUUCCUUUUCUGGCUUAUGGGGAUACCUGCUUGUGGAGAAAGAACUUCCUUCAAGAAGAUACUUCCACAGUAAAAGAUGUCUCUGGAAAUCAUCUUUAGGUUCCCAAAUAAAUUAAGCUGGAGGCUGGAAGAAAGCAAAAGGGAUGUUGCUCAUAUAGUGAUAUGGUUCAACAGGCAGCUCUAAAAGACCUCAAAAUCACACAUUUUUUUCAGAAGUUUGGUAUGCAGAAAUUCUUAGGGGUCCAGCAAAACAUGAUGUAAGGGAUGAGGGAGGAAAAAUACAGGUGCUGUUGCUGGGCUUCUCAAUUUCUAAUUACAGCUUCAGAAGAAGCAUAACAGGACAGAGCUGGAUUCCCUCUCUCCCAGCAACCCAUCUAUGAACUUCAAAGCAGCCACAUGGAUCUGCUAAUGAGUUUUUUAGAAGAAGGUGAGAUCUUAAUCAUGGAUCUCUCACAUUAUGCAGGUUUAACUCCUUUAGACACUGGAGAUCUCAGGUGGGCUUAUGGGUACAGCUAGGACUGCCCAAAAUGCCUCUCUGAAACAUUGGUACAUAGACCACAAUCAGUGUUUACAGUACAUCAUGCCUAUGAAAAGUUUUGGCGGUGGAAAGAUCAGAUUUUGGCUAUUUAGUGUCAUCUAUUUUUUUAUGUACACUAACAACAUUCUACUUCAUUAGGUAUAGUAAUAACACCAAAUUGCCACACUGCAAACAGAAUUAGCUCCCCGUCCAUUUUGCCUGUAUAUAAUAUAAGUGUUACCUAACAGUCCAGAUUUAUUUUCAUGUGUAAUUAUUGGUUCUCAGGAUUGGCCAGCAAUUACAGGAUUUAGAAGUCUACCAUAAAAGAGUUACCCUUUAUGACUAAAAUUCACAGCUGCCAAGAGAUGGACAUUAUUCCAAGGGUCUUCCUGGCAGCCCAAGUCAUGUGAUUGAUUUUAAUAUAUCUGAGAGUGGAAGUGGGGCGGGGGGGGGGGGAGCCAUCUUAUGCUGCCCAGGUCAUUGGAGGCAGAGACACUAUCAUAUGUCGACCAAGCCAGCUGUGAUUAUGGAGGCUAUAACAACUGCACCAGUGGCUGCAGGGCAGAAGAAUAGAUAUCCAAACAUUGUGCAAAUACUGUAGUACAAUAAGGGCUGGAACUUAAUUUGUCUGUAUUGUAUUUGAGCAAUAAUUGCCAUAAAGACUUCAUUUCCUAGUUAUGCCUCAACAAACUGCUUACCACUGUGCAGCUUGGAAUUGUCUGCACUGAGCACCAACCUACAGAACACAGCCCCCAGUCCAGUUAAGGAGAUACAGCCACAUCAGGCUUACAUGUGCAAGACACAUACAGUGAUGGAAAGUGCAGCCCUAAACCCUCAGAUUAGCAUCCCGAAGCACAUCAGACUAUGGAGUCAAUCCUUCUGCACUGCAUUGCUUUGUUGGGAAGCACAGUGAGAUAUGCAUUUAAUUAAUGAUUUCUGAUUAGUUUAUUUAUAGGCUAGUAGAGCUGGGCUGGAGCAUAAUGUCUACAUCGGUACUGAAAGUAGAUUGUAGCCUUGAGAAAUCAAUGAGAGCAAAAUGGAAAGAAUAUUCCUCUCUCCCAGCCAACACGUUGCCAAUUGUGGCUGCCAUCUUUGCACUCCCUACAGAGGAAUAUUGAGGAUGAAGUGUUUAAAAACUGAUUCAUGAUGUCAUCUUUGCCAAGACUUACAAGUGAAAAUAGCUGCUUCUGUGAGAGGUUUCUUGUUAAGUGAAUAAAGGAAGAAGGGCAGAGACACACAAAGGCAGAAAGGCAGAGAGAUGUUACAUGGGUGGGGUAUUGUAAAGAUUCUGGGAAGAUUCUGGAAGUAGUAGAAAGGUAGAGCAGUUGGAAAUGAAUGUUAGUUUCAAAAGAAAAUGAAAGGAGCUUUUUCACAAUCUUAUUUAGUUUUUUUCCAACCCAGAAAACCAUGCCUGCCAUAUGUUGACUGUAAUGCCUCCAUUGAGAUUUUUUAAAAGAAAAUAACGGAGGGCUUGUAGCCUGUAGUUCCAAGGAUUUCUUGGCAUUUAAGUUUGGAGGUGGGGGGAGGAGCAGCAACUCUAAACCUUGCCCGAUGCUGUUUUUGAGGAUUCAGGUCAAAUGUUGGGAUAUGAUUAGUGUGCUGCAGUGGGUGGGCAAAUGGGACAGUCCAGAUUGGUAAUGACUGAAUGGUUGAAUAUGGGCUGAUAAUUAUGUUGGUAGGAAGAACAAUAAUAGUAAAUGCAGUUCAGCAACAAUAUAAGCCAUCUUCUGUUAAUUGUUACAUUUUCUCCAAGGUGAUCAGGGUUGUUUAUAUGGUUCACAUCUCCUCCUGUUAACCACAUGGCUGAUUAGGAAUUGAAACUAAGUUCAACACAAAAAUGCAUUGGGGGGAAAUGAGGAGACCUGCAUGGAGAUUGGGGCAGGGCUCGGGGCGGGGCCACCCACCAUCCUGCCCCCAGCCUCCAUCCAGGCCCACAGGGCCUGGGGAGGGUCUGGAGAGGCCUGCAUGGAGACCGGGGGGGCCAGCCAGCCUGCAGAGAGGUGCGGGCAGGGUUCAGUGGUGUGCGGCUGGCACGCACACCUCUUGGUCAUGUGUGACCAAAAGGUUGCGCCCAGGGACAUGGGUGACCCCAUGUCCCUAUAUAGGCCAUACGCCUCUGGUUCAACAUCACCAUUGCAUCACACUGACAGGAAAGAGGGGAACUGAACUAAACUAAAGGAAGGUUACUUUUCCCAGGCAUCUGAUUCCUAGCUAGAUGGUAUAUAGCUCCAUUGCAAAAUAAACACAGGUUUACCCACCUUUCAUAACACUGGCAUCAUAUAGUACUACGACAUCACAUAGGAAGUCUGCCAAGCUAAAAGAAAUCAGCCCCACAGAAAGCCUGAAGGCACCUCAGUAAGUUGCAUACGUUACUAAUGGAUCAAGAGUUACAUCACUCUUCAAACUGCACAGGCCCAUCCAUGACAGCUGUGCAAGUUGUUCAUUCAACAAAUUGAUAUUGUACACUUUCCAGGCACUCACUGGUAAAAUAUAGGUUUGAAAUACAUACACAGAGAACUUUUCGUUCUCCAGAAAAAGUCAGAAAGAUUUAAGAUUUGUCUCUCGCUUAUUUGGAAACAAAAUUUGUACUUCUGGAAAAUAAUUUUCUAAUAGCUGUUUCAGCUAGGUGUACAAAAAAAACCCCAUAGAUCCUAUUGUAUUGCUGUAAUUUUGUCUAGUAUAUUAACUGUACAUUAAUGUUGUUUACUUAUGUAUAUUUUAUUAACAAUGUAACUUCAUUAAACUUUACAGAUGGUG